AUGUCGCCGGGGGACGGUUGCGGCGGCGGUGGUGUUGGUGGUGACGGCGGCAGGGCGCCCUCGUUGAAGGCCAUGCUGGCGGGCCGUCUGACGUCGUGCGUGGGCUGCGGGGGCAGCGGCUGCUGGCGAGGCCGCCUCGGGCGGUCGCUGUCUCGCCGUCGAAGCCGGCCCUUCGUGCCGCCGCUGUUCAUUUCGCUCAAGACGAAACGCGUCAUUGUUUUGGAUGGUAACGCUCCUAACUUAAAAGGCCGCCCUCGGAAACGCCCUAAAAAGCGCAGCCUAUCUCCUGGAGGUUCAGAGUCAAAUGAAUCAGAGUCUUCUCUCUCCACAGUAUCAUCGUCCUUGAGGAGUAAACAACAGAUCCCAGGCAGAAAUGGCUUACGAUGCAACAGCAUAGCUCAGCAGAACAGUCCCGCUAGAGGCAAGAAAGUGGAACGUGAAGUUGGUCCUGAUGAGAAAGAGUUCCUAGUGAAACUUCACAGUUUUAUGAAGAGUCGACGCACACCUAUCUCUAGAGUCCCUCAUUUGGGUUUUAAAGAAAAUUUGUCUGUUCCAGUUGACCUUUACGCAUUUUUCACUAAAGUUCAAAAACUAGGAGGGUAUAAUAGUGUAACUGCAAAUCGACUUUGGAAAACAAUCUAUGAUGAACUAGGAGGUCAUCAAGGAAGUACUAGUGCAGCUACAUACACAAGGCGUCAUUAUGAAAGGUUGCUGUUACCAUAUGAGAAAAGCACAAGAGGAGAACAAAAAGAUGGUGUACGAAAUCACACAAAGCUUAAAUCAGUAAAAUCCGAAGAUAAGUCAGAUGAAGAAAAGGAUGAUGUUGAUUCACCUACUGAGACUUCAUCUGAAAAGGGUGCAGAGAAUGAGUCUUCUAAAGAGAAAAGUUCUUCUGGAGAAAGUAAAACUGCUGCCUUGCGCAGCAUUAGGCCCAAACUGGAAAAGGUAGAAGAUAAUAUACCUUCAGACAAGGAGAAUAUUCCUGUUUCUAACAGCUUGCCACAAGUUAAUUCUCCCAGUAGUGUAGCUAAUGCAUCAGCAAAUGGGAAUUCAACCAGUGGGUUGGUGAAUGGUUCACUCACUAAGACCAGUGGUACUACCAAUUGUAUCACUAAUGGUGAAGCAAGCAGUACUCCAACUGCAGAAGUAUCUGCUGAGAAUGAUGAUCCUAAAGUCGUGCCUGAAGUCAUUGACCUUGCCUCUGAGGAAUCACAGGUGAAGAUUGGGAAGUCACCUGUCCCAGCAUUCAAGAAACGCAAGCUGGAAAUUCUGAAGGAAGGUGGUUUGGAAGUGACUGCUAUUUCUUCUUUGGGAUCUGAAACCUCAGUGACUCCUGUUGUUGAGAAGCGACCUUCAGUUAUUCAACAUGCCGCUCCAGUCACAGCACCACCUUCCGACAACAAUCAGGUGUCAAUAACUGUCACACCUGAUGUGGGUCAUAUAUUAGGCUCUCCUCGUGGUGAAGUUGCAUCAACUCCUUCUCCAAUUUCACCAUUUGACACUUCCACAAAUCAUUCAAACGUAAUAAAUGUUCAAGACUUGAAAAACAAAAUGCACAAUCAGAACCUUCCACAAGAUGCUCCAGCUGGCGCAUGGAGUCGUAGAUUUCCACCAAAAGUUGUACAGUCCCGCUCCAUUUAUACUCAUUCUGAGUCCACUGUCUAUGGAAAUCCCAAGGAUAUUUUUGAUCCUCGUCAGCUGCUGUAUUCAGAAAGAGUACCUGGACGUAUGGUGCCUCAUACAGAAGAGGAGGUGCUUGACUUGCGAGUGAAAAGUCCACAGAAAUCUACAUUGAGUGUUAAUCGUGUGCAUCCCAUUGCAGCAGCAUCUGUGGAUUCUCCAAGGAACUUGUCAAAAACUGUUAACAAAACUAACAACUCUGCGUUUCCCCUUUUAGCAGGUAGAGCAAUAGUAGGUUCAAAUCUUGAAAUAACUGUUGUUGAUGUUCCGAAAGCAUCAACUAAUCAGGUGAAAGUGAAUCCACCAUUGCCACAGAAACCUCAUCAACCUCCAAGUCGUAAAACGACAAACAAAACAUCGCAUCGGUUGCCUCCCAGAAAUGAGAACGGAAAAUUUAUGUCGAUGAACAGUCAGUCACAAUCUGCAACAUUACAUCGAAGCACAAGCAACUCCUCAGGUGGCACAUCGUUGAUAAUUCCAAACCCAUAUCUUUCAUCAGCUUGUGGAAGAAGCACACCAUCUGCUCGAACAAGAGUUUCACAGAGUCAGUCAACUGUACCUACAUCAUCUCCUAGUGGUAUGAUACCAUCUUUUCUGCCUGGAAGUACAUCUUUGUUUCCUGGCUUUCUUCCACCUGUUUCCGCAGCAAAUAAUGGAGGAAAGAACAGCAAUCCUUUUCUGGCUCUUUCUGAUCCAUUGUAUUAUUCUUCCCUGUAUACAUCACAUGGUUUGUACCCUCCAUCUCUGACUCCAGGAUUUGUCUCUCCCCUUGUUACUCCACCGUUAUUUCCACCAUCUGCAGAACAGAUCCAGUUGUACAAAGAACUGAUGAGUCAGCACCAUACUAACGUGCGUCUUGCUCAAGGAGCAGCAAACUUUUUGGGCUUACCACGUGAUGGAUCAACUUCCAUAACUCCGGUUGGUCCAUCAACAAAUCCGUCAUCCAAGUGAUAUGUAGCUUAGAAGAGUGUGUCACUGCAGACUUUUGAAGAUAUACAACAAAAUGUGUCAUUGAGGAAAGGAGUAUUUAUUUCCUUAAGUGGUUUACUGUUUUAGUGCUGCUUGAUUCAUUUACAAGUACAUUCCAUGUUGACAGUGUGUUCUGAACAGUAGUGCUCCAAGAUAGUGGUGAAUUGACAGAUUAGGUAACAGAGAAGAAAUGAGAACAGUCUUCCUAGUUUUGUCCUAUAAUUUAUUACGUGCUUCAGUCUUUUAAGAAAUGCAGAGGAUAUGUUGUCAGAUGCUUAAUGAGUUAAAGUACAAUGAAGUUACUUUUUAGAAAAUUUGUAUUUCUACUUUUCAUUAUAAUCAUGAUCACUGUCGUAUUUUUUUUUCUGUGAAUUAAGUUCAAAUUAGUCAUCAAUGUUAAGCAUAUGAAAAUUGUACUUUGUAAGAUAACUGGUCAUUUUUCAUUUUGAUACCUCAAUAGUUAGUGUUAUGUGUUUUUAGGUAAUACUUUAUCCUUUAAUUUAAUUUGUCAUUUUUUAAAUUUUGAUGAUUUUUCAUCUUCGAAAGCUUGAAUUUUCAUCACCUAUUUUAUCUUUUCAUUUUUAUAUUUCUUUUACUUGAGUUGUUCCAAUAUCCUUUCAUAUAACAGUGCAUAUAUGGUGGAAAAUGUAUGUGUUCAAAGAAAGAUUUGAGGAAAGAAUUCUGGAACUCGUUUUCUUAUUCAUCAGGAAGUGUGUGGUCUGUGUUCCUUUUAUAUGCCUUGCUUCCUUAGGUAUUUAGAUUUAGUUGAGCCUAAAACCUUUCCUCAAAUACUCAUUAAUAUAAGCUUAUAGAACAAAUAUGAAAGUAGAAAACUCAAUGUGCCAUACAGUAUUCUUGUACAUUAUUGGAAUUUUCUUUGAUGUCAAGGCACAGGAAAUAUUGAUGAGAUGUAUUAUACAAGUAAAUUGGUGUUUUUCAGUAACACAAUAUUGUUUGAUUGCUUAAUGAAAGAAGCAAUUGUGAACAUGAGGAUUCUCUCAAAUCAUAGUAAAUGUACAUAUUUUCAUGUAUAAAUGUAAACUAUGUACCAAUAGUAAAACUAUUGCAUGAAUUUGACAGUGAGUGGUUUAUUAGACAAUGUUAAAAUGUUUUUUGUAUUGUGAAAUCAUACAAGUGUUCAUUGCAUAAUUGUUGCCCAACCUUUGGGGAAUUAUUUUUCCUUUCUUUAAUGUGCUUUAUGUAAGUGUCACUUCUUGAUUUAGGAUCACUUUAUGAAUGAAUCAAAUAAAUACUGAUAUAUGAGACAUUUGUAGUGAAUGCCUUCUUAGUAUCAGGUAAAAAGCAUUUAAUUCUAAAGUUAUGUUCCACCCAUUUCAAAGCAGUAUAAAUGAAUAUUGAUAUUGCAAGUUACUGAGAGGGAAACUGCACAUUUGGGCAUUAUAGAUUCAUUUUAAUUAUUGCAAUUUCUUUGCCUAAAUAUUGGUUCUAACAAGUAAUAGUAGUUUAGCUGUAUGCCAAAGAGCAAUUACAUUUGUUAUGUGCAUGCAACAUGUUUGUUGCAGAAUAGAACAGCAGAAAUUGAAAUAUCUAUUUGAAAUAUAUGUAUGUUAUUUUUGUUCAUAAGUUUAUUUGAAAGUACAUAUUAAAUGUUGAACAUAAAACUAAAGAACAGAGGCAGCUUAUACAUCCUGUGUAGUUGACUGUAACUAUGAGUAAUUGUAAUGUCUUAUGGUGCAAGUGUCACUCCACGAGUGAAGUUAAUGAAAAGAAAAUUCUGUAAUAUGUAGCUAAAGGAAAUUACUGUUGUCUUUAAAUUAUUAGAGUUUGUUAUUGUUGUGCGUUUUGUCACUGUUACAGUACUCCAAUGUGCUUUUAACAAAUUAUCAAAAACAUUAUAUGCAAACAAAUUUUACACAACCUCACACUAUCUGAUUUAGGAGAGUAAAAAUAUUUUAUAGUUUUCUGCAUAUUUUCCUGAGCGUAUUGAAAUUAGAAAUGCAUUUUGACAUUCAACAAGACAGAUUGAGAAUGACAAGUGUAUGUUACAAGAACGGAGUACUUUUGGAUACAAAACAAUCAAUGAUUAGUCAGCAAAACAGCAUUUCUUGAUCAAUCAACAAAAUAUAUUAUAUUCUUAAAAAGUGAAUUCAUCUUUAGCCAACAUUUUGUAGGAAAGCCAUCAGCGCACCUACAGGAAGACAGUCACUCAGGGAAUAGGUAGCUGUUGAGCAAGUGAUUUUUUUUUUUCUUUUUAAUUUUCAUCUUGUCUUGAAGGUAACUGGUUCGUUAAUUAAUGAAUUAUGUGUUACAUCUUCAUGAAUUACCCUGAUAAAGCUGCUAUGGAAGUUGAAUACAGCAAAGAUGUAAACUGGGUAGAUUAUAAUGCCCAUAUUUCUGUAAUGUUACAUGUGAAUAGUAAUGUAAAAUAUUUGUGAUAUGUGUCCUAGCUUUGUGUUUCAUAGUAUCUGCAACAUAAUUAUGUAAAUUCUUUUACUUUUAUAAUAAAAAAAUUACUACAUUUA